AUGGCGGACCAGCUGGACUCUGACUCGGCGCCCCAGAGGAAACGCAUUGCCGUGGCAUGCGGCCGCUGUCGCAAGCGCAAGAUCCGAUGCAGUGGCGAUCCAGGCCAGGGCCAGCCAUGCUCCAACUGCAAGAACGCUGGCGUGGACCAAUGCCAGUUCUUACGGGUAUCGUCGCGUGAAGCCCCGAUCCGACCCGACGCCAGUGACUUCGGGUACAGUGUUGGGGACGCGAGGGUCUAUGCCAGUCGCACCCCGGUCGGCGGCGGCAUUCCCUAUAGCCACGAUUCAAGUCUGCCCACCCUGGGCUCCAACGACGUGCUGGGUUCCUUCCGCAGCAGCUCGGCGUAUGCUUACACGCCGGCGACCAAAGCGUACUAUCCGGCCAUGCAUGCCUACGGCACCCCCUACCCCGACGAGUUCGAAUUCGGUCUUGGCGUGUCCUCUCCGUCCGUAAUGCACCAGGAACCGGUCGGCAUGUUGCCUGGUCAGUGGAGCUCAGGCGCCGGAACCCGGCCGGCGGCGAAGCCGUCGUCGUUCAGCAGCAUAUACCUGGACACAGAUGGGCCGUACAGCAGCUAUCACGGCGCUGGCCUGCUCCAUCGACCGCCUCACUCGGUCAGUGCGGACUCGCCCAACUUUUCCUUCUCAGGCGUCGCCGCAUCACUGCCGAUGUCGAGCACGCCCGGCCCAGAACGACUGCUGCCAAAUCCGGCCGCGCGCUCCUCUUCACUGCCCUACCCGGCCACUCUCAAAUCCUCGGCGUCAUCGACCACGUCUGCCGCGAGUACGCUGGCUGACGUAGCCACGGCGGCCAGCUACGCGGGCGGAUUCAACACGCCGGGCCUUCCUUAUUCCUCAACGACGAGCAGCAGCCUCUCCAGCCACCACUCGUCAUCGUCCCGCUCCAACUCGGACACCUACUCCGCACACGAUGGCAUCUUCAGCGAGCAGGAGCGCAACAGCAUCCAGAGCCAGGGCCCCGGCUUCGAGAUGAGCUCGUACACGGCCUCGCCUCGGCGCAGCUCGCUGAACGGCGGCGGUGCCGGGGGCCCAGCCGCCGGCUCGGGCAGCAGCAGUCACACAUACGUCCCCGGCGAGAGCGCCAGCGCGGCGGCCGCGCAUCAUCAUCACCUGCCCGGGCCUUACAUGGACGAUGCUGCGGCCCCGUCGGGCCUCGAUCUGAUGGCCCACCGCCGCGGCCAGGCCGCCGAUUCGGGAAGCGGCAGCGCCAGCCAUGCCGCCCACGCGGAGGACCGGCAGGUUGCCGUGGCCAGCCGCCACUGA